GCGCACGGGUUUACUGCAGCCGAGUCAGUUGGAAGCAGACCCUAAACGCACACUGACAGACUUCAAAAACCACACUGGACUUCCUGGAGACCUUGUUCACGUCUCCACGCGGAAUGGAUGGCAGCAUUAGACCCAUCGGCUUGGCCGGUCAUAACUCCUCUCCCCUCUCGGUCCAGGGCUUACAUGUGCCGGCUUCGCUCAUGCGCCCCCCACCCCUCUUUCUCCGAGCGGCCGCGGCUGCUGCCUGUAACCCCUCGAUGGAGAGGGGCUACCCCCGAACCCCGAAGUGUGCGCGGUGCAGGAACCACGGAGUGGUGUCGGCUCUGAAGGGCCACAAGCGCUUCUGCCGUUGGAGAGACUGUGUGUGCGCUAAGUGCACGCUGAUCGCGGAAAGACAGCGCGUGAUGGCGGCACAGGUGGCCCUCCGCAGACAACAGGCGCAGGAGGAGAGUGAGGCCCGGGAGCUCCAGUUCAUGUAUACCGGCUCCGGGGCUGGGGAGACCGGACUGCAUAUUGCAUCGCCAGGGCUGCCGGGAUCCAUAAAUACUGCUUCAAAGACAUCGACUUAUGACGUUCUUGGAAUUGAAGACCAUAAAGACGAUGAAAAACGGACGAAGUACAACUUCGGAUUCAUAGGCCGACCUGUCUAUGCGCCUCACCUCGCAUCACUGGCCUCUCCACUGGCAAAGAACGACACCUCUCCAAGUUUGGAGAAAGCCCGGGCAGCCUUAGACAAGGAGAGUGGCAGCCAAUCACCUGCUUUCGACCAGAUGUCAGACCACAUAGAGAGUCCCAGGUCGCUGUCCUCCUCCGAGCUGGAGUCCGGCAGCGAGUCAGAGAGGCCUAAGGAAUACCCUACGCUGGAGAUAACCGCGCCCGGUUGCGCGUCGAAAGACCGGGACCCUACCGACGUCAUGACCAAGAUAUUCCCUCAUCACAAGCGGGACACUUUGGAAUCGGUGGUGAAGACGUGCAAAGGGGACAUUGUGAAGGCUAUCGAGUUGGUUCUGAGCUCCAAAGAGAAUAAAUGCAACUUGGAUGGCGUCGAUCUAUCUACGUCUGUUCCCUCACACACAACAAGGCCAACGUUUGGACUUCAAGGAGCAUUGGGCUCUCUCGGUACGAAGUCCGCGUUCUCCGCGCUUGCACCACCAGCACCGGUUGCAGCCGAAAGCAUGUACGGGCUGAGUCCUCGCUUUGGCAUGAGUCCUUUGCGCGUGGCCUACUCAGCUGCUGGUGGUGGCAUACCCAAUUUCAUGUCACCCUAUGUGACGUCCGGUCUGAUGCCAGCUUUCCCUUUUCGCUCGCCGUUGGACUAUUCUUUCCCGGGCAUGAUGCGAGACCUCUCCUAUCUGCAUAGCAAAGACUCGCUGUGCAGCACCUCUCCGUACUCCCGUCUGAGUGAUGAUAAAUGAUUUCAGUUUAAAUAUCCGAACAUUCUUAUGGAACAAAAACUAUUUAUCAAAGUAAUAUGUCACUUUUCCCACCAGUGGUUUGACUGAAAGGACUUUAAAGGGCAGAUCUGAAAUCAGAGUAAAGCAUUGUAAAUAAUGUAGGCAACUCGUGUGCAAAAAGUGUUUUACAACUCACGUAUAUUUUUUUCAAAUUGUAAAGUUUG